AUGAUCACGUUUAAAAUUCAGUGAAUAGAGUUGUGUUUGUUUUAUUUACGAUAACACGGCGAUAUUGUUUAACAAUUGUUUUUUCUUCAAAAUGCAACAGUGAACUAUAGCAAAUGCAAGUACAGAGACGUUCGAAGGCAUCGACGAGGAGGGACUUUGAUGGUAGUUUAGAGCCGAAUUUAGAUUUGGUGUCUAGUAAAAUAAUGGAGACUAGAUACUAUGAAGGUUGCGGGCGGGAAGGCCCAAUUCGAUGUAUAUUCCUAGGGGAAUUCCACCCUGUCGCAGGCCCAAAGAUUUCAUGCCAGUUCCCGGAAGACUAUAUUUCAAAAGAAGUUUUCGAUUCAAUAAGUGCAUACAUCAUUCCUAAACCACAAAUACAAAAAUGCACUAUGACCAUAAAUGCACUAGGGCACAAAAUUGUUGGGUAUCCAAUUCGCAUAGACAACCCCAGAUAUGAACGUAAUGUGUACCUCUUCAAUAUCUGCUUUGUAUGUGAUAGUUGGUCCAAGACAGUGCAGUAUGAGCCUGUUGUCAAAAAACUUGGUGAGCAUUUGACAAUAAUGGAAGAAGAGACCGGGUUCGUAUCUAGCGGGUCGUCCAAACUGCCCACUUUGCUGGCGCAUCUUCUACACGAUCUGAACACUCACAGGAAGGCAACCUUAGUUGAAGGAGACACAGUCAUGCACCUCAAGGUCUUGGAGGUCCGCAAAGAUCCACCUCCAGUUCACGACUACGACGUGCCCGUUUUGGUGGCGUCGGUGGGCCUACCCCGUCCUGGACGACCUCGCAGGCCUAUCCCACCCGAGGGUACCGAGACACAGAGCCAGGAGCAUUUGGAUGUAGAAGAUGACGAGCCUUUUGAAGUAGACAUGGCUGCUGAAUGGGACCUGACUACCAGACAGAUUCUACCGUACAUCAAUAGCUACAACCACGUGUCCAAGAUAGCGGCCGACACGAACGUCGAGAAGACCCUGGUUAAAUCCUGCAUUCAGAACUUGGUCUACUAUGGAGUGGUGAGUACAAUCUAUACAUAUAAAAAUGAAUUGCUGUUCGUUAGUCUCGCUAAUGUCGGCAAUCCGAUCUUUACUCUGAAACAGUUAAUGGAGAAAAAAUGGGAGUAUGCACAAAGUAUUCAUUCGCUCUUUGUUGAUUUUGCUAAGGCCUACGACAGCAUAGAUAGACCGACUCUAUAUAGAAUCCUCACCCGCUUUAAAAUCCCACAGAAACUUGUUAGAAUGGUGGAGGUUGGUACUAGGGAAAGUAGAAUGACGGUACGAGUUGGCGCUUCUCCCACUGAUGAGUUUGACGUUGUGACUGGACUCAGGCAGGGGGACGCUCUGUCACCAAUGCUGUUCAACCUAGCACUUGAACACGCCAUACGCAAAGUGAACACACUUAAUGGCGGAGUGUGGCUCAACGGACAGCAUAGGGUGAUAGGAUAUGCCGAUGACCUCGCUCUACUUGGAGAAAGAAAGCAGCACGUAAUAGACGCACUCAAUUGCCUCCAACAAGAAGCCUCUCGGAUUGACCUUCGUGUCAGCCACGAGAAGACAGAGUAUCUUCACAUGCAUCGAUACAAAAACAUAAGCGAGAAGACCUAG